GAAUAUCUCUUCAAAGUUUUGGUCAUCGGCGACUUAGGCACAGGGAAGACAUCCUUCAUAAAGAGAUAUGUUCAUCAUUCCUUUUCAGAUCAUUAUCGAGCUACAAUUGGCGUGGACUUUGCGUUGAAAGUCAUUGAAUGGGAUGAUGAAAGAGUGGUGAGGUUGCAGCUGUGGGAUGUUGCGGGGCAGGAACGUUUCGGAAACAUGACUCGAGUGUAUUACAAAGAAGCAGUUGGAUGCAUCCUUGUCUAUGAUGUUAACAAGAUGAGUUCAUUUGAAGGUUGCAAUCGAUGGAAGGAGGAUUUGGAUGAAAAAGUUUCCUUGCCUAAUGGAGACAGAAUACCUUGCGUACUAGUCGGCAAUAAGAAAGACAAAGAUUCGGAGAGCGAACCUUUCGUAACGGGGAACUUAGAGGAGUUUUGUAAAUCAAAGGGUUACGCAGGCUGGUUUGAAACAUCUGCCAAAGACAACAUUAACGUUGAUGAAACAAUUAAAUUUCUUAUAUCUUGCGUAAGUGACGUAAAAAUUUAA